AUGAAGAACCAGGGUGUACUAGAAGUGGCAAAGCCAUCGCCGAGCUUCCUGUCCACGAUGUUUCUUGUGCCCAAGAGCGACGGAUCCGAUCGUCCGAUAUUCAACCUAAAAGCUCUCAACGACUACAGCCACUGCCAAGUGUUAAUCAACCGUCUCCAGUACCUAGGCUGGCAGAUAAAUCAGGAAAAAUCUAUGACUCAACCCCUGAAAGCUCUAGAUUUCCUGGGCAUCACGUGGAAUCCUUGGAACAAUACAAAAUGUCUUCCUGUAGACAAAAUUCGAACCAUCAAACAGAAAAUUUCAUGUGUAUUAUCCCUGGGCGAAACAUGUUUGGAAGACCUACAAAGCCUAAUAGGAAUAUUAAACUUUGCGACGUUCGUCGUACCCAGAGGCAAGUUACACCUUCGAGCGUUACUCAGGUUCCUCAAACCGUUACUACGCGCACCAGCCAGACGAAUGGUGCACAUUCCAAGCGAAGUGUCAUCAGAACUAAGAUGGUGGUUUCAGGAAUGUCAUCGCACGACUCCAAUUCAUCUCCCACCACCAACCCACUUCGUGACAACAGAUGCUUCCGACGUAGCGUGGGGUGCGCAAGUAGACAACCAGUCGUUGUCAGGAAGCUGGAGUGUUGCAGAACAACAUCUUCACUGCAACAUAAAAGAAAUGCUAGCGAUUUUAAAGGUCCUCGAGAGCCACGGUCACUCAUUAGCUCAAACAACAACACUCUUCCAGUGCGACAACAAAACAGUUGUAGCUUAUCUGCGAAACGAGGGGGGGAUGAAAUCAUUUCCACUGAUGACGACGACUUACAGAGUGUUCGAACUUCUGGAUCGCUUUCAAAUAAAUCUGACAGCUCAGUACCUUCCCGGCAUGUUCAACAGCACGGCCGAUCACCUAUCGCGACACAAGAUGCCAUCCGAGUGGCAUCUGGUACAGACAUGCACAGAGAAAAUUUUCACCAAAUUCGGGACACCGAUAAUAGACCUACUAGCAUCGAGUCGAGCCCACGUGGUCUCCAAUUACGUAUCUCUGGACCUGAACGACAAUCAGGCAGUAUUCCACGAUGCAUUUUCCCGGCGGUGGAAUUAUCACCUUGCGUGGCUAUUUCCACCCCCAUAUCUGAUGCCGAAGGUGCUAUCCCAUCUCAACUCAGCGCGGGGAUUAUAUCUGAUCGUAGCCCCACGAUGGAAUCGUGUAUUUUGGAGAGCAGAUUUGAAGAGCCGUGCGGUAGCGGCUCCAUACACAAUCAAAAAUCUUGCUCAGAACCUGAUAGAUACUGCGACGGGUCUGCCACCAACCAGAUGUCAGGAAAUGACUCUAGAGGUCUGGAUAUGUGGGGGUGGUCUACGAGCUUAA